CCAAUUGGAAGUAUGUCUUCCAUGGAGGUGAACGUGGACAUGCUGGAGCAGAUGGACCUAAUGGACAUGUCUGACCAAGAAGCACUUGAUGUCUUCUUAAACUCAGGAGGCGAAGACAAUAAUAUGCUUUCUCCCAUGCUGGGGCCUGACUCCAACACCUAUGUGAAUGAGAUAAGUCUUCAAGUUCCGAGCCAGUCUGAAUUACGGCACAAACUGUCUUCGCUGUCGUCAACCUGUACCGAUUCUGCCAGCCAAGAUGCAAGUGAAGGAGAGUCUCCAGUUAUUCAGUCUGAUGAAGAGGAAGUUCAAGUGGACACUGCUCUUGCUGCUGUAACUGAAAGAAAGGGUGCUUCAGAUGUUAGUGACGAAAGUGACUCUCAAACUAUUUGAAUCUUAAACCCAUAUCCUUUAAGAAUGACUUCUGAAUGAAUGAACGAACAAGUGAAUGAAGAGCUUGCCUGUGUAACAAUUUGCUAACCAAGCGUAACAGCCAGAUCUUUUUACUUAGUAAUACCGCCUUUUUACAAAAUUGCCAGUCAUGUGGAGGUUGGUUUUUAAAAAAAAGAAAUGCCUAAAGCACACACACUUUAACAGUAGUAUUGGGGCUCAGGGGAGCAGUAAAACUGUUGUAUAUACUAUGUAUAAGAGAAUUAAAGGGGAAAGAUUCAAGUUACUUUGACCACUAAUCUUUAAAUGGCUGACUGGAAAUACUUAGAGUUGAUGUAUAAUGCUGAACCCAAAUUGUUCCUUGCAUGUUUUCAGCUGCUGCAACUGAAGAUUUAAGAUCCAAACCAAACCAAAAAGUUCUUUUCUACUCUUUACUACCUACUGUCUGCCUACUGCCUUUGUCUACUAAUGCAGCAAUGUCUACUCUCUCACACUUCUUAUUCAGGACCAACUUAGUUACCAUAGGUGUUAAGGAAAAAAAAAAAGAAACUGAAAAGGAGGAGAGAUGCAUAUUGAAAUGUUACACUCCUCGUGGAACAGAUAUCUUAGCACUGUAUAAACUUACUCCUCUUCCGAGAUAAAAUAAAGUAUUUCUAUCCCAACCA